GCGCAGCUGUUGUUGUCUCCAACGCUGUACCGCAGAGUGCCAGAGCAACCCUUGCCAGUGCGGAGAGAAGUGCCAGUGUGGGGAGGGCUGUACCUGUGCAGACUGCAAGACUUGCAAAUGUACCAAUGAAGGCUGCAAGUGUGGCAAGGAAUGCACUGGACCAACAUCCUGCAAGUGUGGCAGCUCAUGCAGCUGCAAGUAG